CUACCUCGCGUCGCUCAACCCAACUUCUGGGUUUCUAUGCUUCCAAAGUUCUUGCGCCCCUCCACAUCCACCUCCACCAUGCCUAAACCGCCGAAAUCGAAAGAGUGGAACCCAGCCACGCCGUACAUCAUCCUCGGGCUGUUCAUUGGGUCGCAAGCUAUCCAGACAAUUUCGCUACGGAAUGAGGUGGUCAAUUUCACGCGGCGCGCGGAUGCGAAGAUAGGGUUAUUGAGGGAGGUGGUGGAGAGGGUGAAGAGGGGCGAGGACGUGGAUGUGGAGAGAGUGCUGGGAUCGGGAGAUGAGGCGAAGGAGAGGGAGUGGGAGGAGGUGCUAAGGGAGAUCGAAGAAGAAGAGGCACUGUUUCAAUCGAGGAAGCGAAGGAAAGCG